AUGUUAAAAAGCGGUUGGAGUGUUCGGACAGCUAAUGUUCGAUCAUCAGCUAAUGCUAAAAAGAAUGGUAUAACGGAUUUAGAGAAGAAGCAUAUCACAGCUGUUUUAGCAAGGGCUGAAGAAAGGAAGUUACGUGAACAGCAAAGGAUUGGUAGAAUGAUUGAUAGAUUAGAGAAACUAAAAGAUCGAGCUACGGGUAACGGUAUCACUCAAUGUUAUCUAUGUUCUACUGAUUUCGGAUUACUUGCUCCAAGAAGUUAUGCUGCCAUGUGUUUGCAAUGUCGAAGGUAUGUAUGCCAAAAAAAUUGUGGCGUGGAUGCAUAUGAUUACGUACGACGUGAAAAUACCUUUCUGUGCAAAAUAUGCAGCGAGUAUCGUGAGGUAAUGUGGAAAAAAUCUGGUGCAUGGUUUUACAAAGAAGUACCAGAAUAUAUAAAACCAGUUGAAGAUCCGGAACUACAUUCACCAUUAUCGUGUUAUCCGAAAACUUCCUGGCAACAUUAUAGGAAACCAGAAACAUCGCGGAAGGAGCAAUACAGCUCCACAAUAUCCCACCGUAAUCGGAUAAAUCCAUCUUGGUUACAUCAAAAAGUACGUCUAUCGUUGAGUAAUGGUUAUGGUUCAGAAGAUGAAAAUACCGAUAAUUCAGCAUCUGAAGAAACGGAAGUAUUUUUGGAAGAAAAUCUUCGAGGAGCGCCAACCAUUACAUCAAACCGGCAUAUCCGAAUCCAAAAACGGAAAGAAGGACAGGAUGUAACACCCCUUCUUCAUAGGUUUACAGUUGGAAGUCGAAAUCGAAUUACUGAUAUUGGUGCAGUAAUGCUACAGGGAAAUGAAUCACAUCAUGUAACGCCAUCAACAUCACCAAGGCAUUCACCUUCAUCAUAUGGUGAUGAUUUAUCGCAGAAUCAGUCAUCAAUUCUAGCAUCAGAAUCCAUCGAUUCUGGAGUUGUACCAAGUGAUCAUUCAGUGCGAGUAUCAAAAAUUCCCGCUUCAGCUGAUGCCAUGAAUCCGAUUACAACGAUGAUCGAACAUGAUGAAAGUUGCAAAUAUAUCAAAUAUUCAAAUUGUUCUCAAAUUUCCUCGUCAUCAUCUGGAAUCCAGAAAAUAUGGCCAUCAUCCGAAAUGCAUUCCAUUUUGGAUCAGGAAAUUCCAUCACAAAUAGAUGACGAAAAAUGCCUCUUUUCUGCACAACAAACAAAUAAAAGUUCGAAAAAAGCUUCCGGAAGUAAAGAAAUUCUAUUGGAAAAUCAACUGAGAAAAAUAUUUCCUUUAAUAAUGUCCACCAAUGAAUCAUUACCGAUGGGAUCACAAUAUAGUCAAGAGGAUCGGUCUUUGGCAUUCUCAUCAAGUCCAGCUGGAACGACGAUAAUGGCAGAAUUGCCGAAACAACAAGUCCCGAAUCUGGAAAGUGCUACCAGUUCCGCAUCAUCUACUUCAUCGGCUCAAAAAUCUGUCAUAUCUCUUGAAAAUCUUUCAGCAAAUCUAAAAGAAAAUAAAACGAAGGAAAUAACACCUUUUGGCAAGCUUGCUUUGGAUCGUAAAAAGGUACAAAUGUGGCAACAUAAAUCAGGAAUGGCAAUGCAUUUACCGAUCAAAGGACUGUCAACCACCCGAUCAGCGAUUUGCUUGCAGUGUUCAGUUGCUACUGAACCGAUUCUAAGGUGUCAGGCAGUACGCCAUGCUAUUUCCGGCAAUGAUAUCAUUAGUUUGCAGAAUUCUGAUACUGAUAUACGUGGAUCAAUUCAAUUUACGCUUCGGUAUUCUGCGCAACAAAUGAAACUCUGUGUUCGGCUUACCGGUGCUAAAAAUCUUCUUGCAAUGGAUAAAAACGGGUUUUCCGAUCCUUAUGUGAAAUUAUAUUUGAUUCCUGGAGCUUCCAAAGCGACUAAAAUGGUUAGUAAAACGAUCGAAAAAACAUUGAAUCCAGUAUGGAACGAGGAAUUCACAUAUUAUGGUAUUACUGAUGAAGAUCAAUUAAAGAAAUCACUACGAUUAUUGGUACUUGAUCGUGAUCGGAUAGGUUCGGACUUCUUAGGAGAAGUCCGUGUUCCACUCAAGAAUCUGAAAAAUGAAGAAGAAACAUUUUACAGCUUAUGCCUGGAACAUGAACAUGCUAUUCCGGAAGCAAAGGACGUGGAUCUUAACAUUGAACGUGGAAAAAUCUGCUUAAGCUUGUUGUAUAACGUACAACAAGGUUCAUUGUACGUUACAAUCAGACGUUGCGUAGAGCUUCUAGGCAUGGAUAAAACUGGAUUUUCGGAUCCAUACGUGAAAGUCUCAUUACUUCCUCUUACCAAUAAAGCUCAUAGGCAAAAGACGUCAACCAAAAAACGGACAUUGAAUCCGGAAUUUAAUGAGACAUUAACAUUUGUCAUACCUUUCAAAGAUUUACCAAAGAAGACACUUCAAGUUGAUGUUUUCGAUAAAGAUGUUGGGAUGCAUGAUGAUUAUAUUGGAAGUAUCCUGUUGUCCACAUCAGCGAAGGGUGAGCGUCAGCAGCAAUGGAAUAAUUGUAUUCAAAAUCCAGGUUAUGAGUUCGAACGAUGGCAUAAAUUAGAAGUCAUCGAAUAGAGCAAUUCUUUUUUCGCAUAUGGAAUCGACGAUGUAAUUAUCUUUUUUGUUCUGC